AGCUAUUUAUAUUCACAUAAACAAAUUCAUUACCUCAUCUAGACCAAACACAAACACAAUAUCCCACCUUCAAAUUCCCUUUCAUACCUUCCUUUUUGGGGUUUCUUUUCCUUUCUAGUACGGAGUAGUUACAAACAUUUGUGAAAAAAUAAACACUCCAAAAAGAAACCCUUAAUUGUUGAAUUGUGUGGAGUAUAUAUAAAUGGAUCAAGACCCAUUUACAGCAACCCUAUUCAAGUGGGAUUACCCACGAAGCAGCCUUGCGCCGGCUCCUCAGCCGUGCACGGCACAAGCACCGCCCCCGACGACACUUCCACCGUACUUUGCUCGAGGGAUGUUAGGUGUACAUGGUGUUGGAAUGGGUAUGGGUAUGCAGGGAAUUGCAAUGGGAAUGCCAGGAAGUGGUGGUGCUGCUGCUACUACUACUGCUGCUGCAGGAGGAGCAGGAUCAAGUUCAGGUUCUGGUGGCUUGGAAGAGUUAUUCCAAGCGUACGGAAUAAGGUACUACACGGCGGCGAAAAUAGCGGAGAUGGGGUUCACGGUGAACACACUAGUGGACAUGAAGGAGGAAGAGGUGGAUGAGAUGAUGAACAGCCUCUCUCACCUCUUCCGUUGGGACCUUCUUGUUGGUGAGCGUUACGGCAUUAAGUCCGCAAUCCGUGCUGAGAGACGCCGUCUUGAGGAGCUUGAGGAGUCUCGCCGCCACCGUCACCACCACCAGAGCUUCUCAAAUACGCCCGAUUCGACCCACCACCCUCAUGAUGCCCUCUCUCAAGAAGGGCUAUCAGAGGAAGGAGUACAUGAGAAAGAGGUGGUCGGAAGUGGUGGCGGAAACUGGGAAAUGGUGGCACCACAUCCUAUUAAUAAUAACCAACAUGAUCAUCAACAGAGAAAGAAACACAGGAAACAGCAGCAUCUUCAAGCAAGGAACACAGUCCAAAAUAUGAUGAGCUUAUCAGCUGCUAAUAGGAAAUUUGUAGGGCACAACAACAACAACAAUAAUAGUAACAUAGAUGAUGAAAUGGAAGAAGAGGAAGUUGAUGACGACGAGGAUGGAGGCGGAGGUGGUGUUGGCGGUGUUACUGAGAGGCAAAGGGAGCAUCCCUUCAUCGUUACUGAGCCGGGAGAAGUAGCGCGGGGGAAGAAGAAUGGGUUGGAUUAUUUGUUCCAUUUGUAUGAGCAAUGCCGUGAAUUUUUGCUACAAGUUCAGAACAUUGCUAAGGAACGUGGUGAAAAAUGCCCUACUAAGGUAACAAACCAGGUAUUCAGAUUCGCAAAAAAAUCAGGAGCAACAUACAUCAACAAACCGAAAAUGAGGCACUAUGUGCAUUGCUAUGCUCUGCACUGCCUAGACACGGAGACCUCGAAUGCCCUGAGAAGAGCGUUCAAAGAGAGAGGAGAGAAUGUAGGUGCCUGGAGACAGGCCUGUUACAAACCCCUUGUUGCAAUAGCUGCACGCCAAGGAUGGGAUAUUGAUGCCAUCUUCAGCUCUCACCCACGCCUCUCCAUUUGGUAUGUACCCACCAAGCUUCGCCAGCUUUGCCAUGCUGAGCGCAGCGCAACCAACUCUGUCUCUGCUGCUGCUGGGUCCCACCAUCUUCCUUUCUAGUUAAUCUCACAUGCUGAUGCUGAUGCUUCAAUUUCUGCUACUUUUGUUGUAGAACAUAGAUCAUGUAUCGAUGUAUGGUUAAGAACUUGAACAUCCUUCGAUCUCCUUCAUUCUGCCCACUUCUAGGUCUAUCUCCCCUGAAAAUGCUGAAAAACCUACUUGUGUUGCAUGCAUGAUGAAUUUUGUUUAAUCAUAAGCGGCAUGUUUUGAAUAUCA